UGUAACUUUGUGUUGCAGAAAAUGCAAAACUGUUACGCUUGUCAUGCUGGACAUGCGUCAGAGGCUAUUUUCGUACGUGUUUAUUUCAAGUACAAGUUUACGCAACAUGACAGGUUGUUUCAUGCAGAGCAAACUUGUGAUGCUAUUCCUCCAAGAAGCACAAUUACACAGUUUUUUUCUUGCAUAGUUUCGCCGCCGUCACGAAGGAGGUUUUGCCGAUUAUGCAUUGCAAAAGUAUCGUACUAGCAUAUAGUCGCAGGACAAAUUGAAAUUUCCUCCGCGUGAGAAAUAAAAUUUGUAAUGCGGAUUUACCUUGAGAAUGAGAGUUGUAAUGCGUGAAUGCGAUUAGUACGAGUACGAUACUUUUGCACAGGAUACCGAUGGAGCGGAAGCAAAAGUCGAACUUGCCGGACAUCAUAAUCGGGGAGUACGACGCGACGGCGAACACGGAAAGCCAGAAAAGCUUCGAGAAAUUGCUGGAAAAGGGGAAGUAUGAGGUCGUAGACGUGCACUACCAGUUUGCGCGGAUGCGGUAUAAGGAACUUGUGGUGGAGUUGGUGCCGACGUUGUACACGUUCGUGAAGGGGCUUGAGGAGUAAAACGAAUAUAAAACUGCCGUAAAGUAGGGGGUUCGUGAAGAACUUCAUUUAAUCAACUUAUCCGCUGUACAACUGGUAAAGAACUACAUACCACGUUCAGCUCCUUCCAAGAACAUUUGCUGACUGGAGCGCUUGCCAAAAGACCAUAAGUUCAAGAACAUUUAAUUCGCGCGUGCGUCACACUUGAGGUGUAAGUGCAUGCAUUUUCAAAGUCAGAUGCUGUCAAGACGCCCCUGGCGUGAGGUAAAU